AUGCCAUCCCUUCUCAAGCCACCCAAACUGUGGAAUCACCAUGCCUCCUCCAACUCCUCCGACAACAACAACCCGCCAACCGCCGAUGACCCCCGCUCGUCGGCCGGCAUGUCGUCCGCCUUUGUCUCCAAGUCCCGCCGUGUUCGCUUCGACCUGACUUUGAAGAUCAUUGACCUCAACAACGUCCCUUUGGUAUCCGGCACGAGCUUCAUAAAAUGGCAUCUACCCUCCUCGACUGCAGCGGAGCACCGCGGCCGCACGGAGAAAUGCGCGAUUCGGGAUCACAGAGUCGCGUAUGACUACGAGAAGCGCAUCCCCGUACGCCUGACCGUGGGCAAAGAUGGAAUGCUGCAGGAAUGCAGCGUGGACUUCGAAAUCCUACAGGAGUACGGUGCUGGAGGGAGAGGGGAGCGGAUCAGACUGGGCGACGUGAAGUUGAAUCUGGCAGAGUACGUGGAAGCGAGCGAGACGCCUGCCUCGCCUGGGGCAGCGGGACCUGGACAGGGCGAGGAGGGAGUGGUGAGGAGGUACUUGAUGCAGGAGAGCAAGAUCAACAGUACACUGAAGCUGGGCAUACACAUGCGGCAUGUGGAGGGGACGAGGGACUUCUAUGCUCCUCCGCUUCGCACCGCGCCGGUGUUUGGUGGAAUUGCGGGUAUCAUACACUCGUCCGAGCCUGCGGCCACCGCUCAACGCAUGAAUGUGAGCGGGGGUGUGGAUGCUGCUGGCGCGAGUCCCGAGCUUGGUGCAGAAGGUCAGGAUAUGGCAGUACCGAACCUCAGCUCGAGGAACAAGGAGGUCGGGGAGAUGCAGGACAUGUACAGGCGUACGCUCGCCGCGUUCUGGGCUUCGCAGCCAGGUGAGCUGCGCGCGGACGAGUGCAUUGAGGACAUUUUCGCUGGAGGUGACGGAUGGGGCAAGAAUGGUCGGCCUGAGAUUCCUGCUGGGAAGGCGGAGCGAAAGGAGGGCACGGCGGGUUUUGGGAGACGGAAUAGUAGGGAUCGCUCUGGAACUUCGACACCCAACCCGCAAGAUGGCAGUGGUGGUGAGGCGCCGAAAAUGGCCCAAGGGGGUGGAAGGGGGAUAAUGGGGAGGCAUCACCACAAGCAUGGCAAGAACAAGAACAUGACGCGAAAGCAGCAUGGUGAGGUGGAGGAGCAGGACUGUAGGGAGGACUUGAUUAGCUGGAGGAUUGGCGAGGCGGCUUACGCAUGA